GGAUCAAUAUGGCCGCCACUUGUUGGCUGUCGUCGAGUUGUUGUGUUUUCUUCUGGUUUUUGUUUCGCAUCUAUUAAAUACGAUUUUUUCCCCGUUGUAAGUUAUUUAAUGAUUUCCGGGCUUAGAUGUUUUGUACGUUCGCGAUCGGUAAUUCGUUACACGAAAAGUUUUCAGACGGGAAUUCAUCAAAGUUGCUGGAGCUGACUGGGAGCGAGAGCAGCAGCACCAGCAGUAGAAAGUGCAGCAGUUUGACGGUCAAGCUGUUUUGCCCACAAAAUGGAUUAUGAUGAACGGAUGACAUUUUGGUGUUUUGCAAGAGUUCCGAGUGUGAUUUAGCGUUUUAGCCACUGACUACGUGGGCCCAUCACUGCGUGACGGGCCGCAAGAGAACUGAAAUCGCGUCGCUAGUCAGAAUCACGGAAUCGUGAGUGGAGUUUUGUAAGAAAGUACGGAGUCGGUACGGAGGAGAAGGGGCGCGUUCACAUCUUGUCGCGGGUGUGUUAUUGAAAGUAGAGUGUGGAGAAUAAAGUGACAUAUUUGGCCCAGGAGCGAAAGUCGUGCGUAAUCCACGGGAGGCGGCGAGAAUCCGUGCAACAAAGGAGAUAUUGAAGGGUUGCAGUGAGUUGCCUGGCAUUUGUCGACGACGGGAGCAGCGCUGUCAAUAAUAGUUCUCCAAGUGCCUUUUAGUCGACCUAGUUUACGGUUUGUGUCGAUCGUACUCCGUUCGGCGAGUGGAGUCUUACGCCAGCAUGGUCUGUGACGGUGUUUUCUGCAGCGCUAGUGUGACUCGCGCACUGUGAAGCAAGUGGCCGGUUGGAAGUCGCUCCGUGCGGAGGUUUGUGCUGUUCAAAUCCUCUUGGAAACAACAGAUUGCGGCAAGUGUCCCUUUAGAGGCCGCUCUGAAUUCACCCCCCACGUUAGGUUUGCGAAAUUAUUAGUUCACGGUCAGUGCAGCCGCCCGAACCGCCCAUUGGACGUACGGUUUGCAACACAGUCGGGGAGUGCUUUGUGCAGUGAACAUUCUGCCGAGAAGUAAUGCUAAUCGAGGAAGUGACCGAGUUCAGAUCUUUUCGCUGAACUGCCGAGUGCAACUUGAACUGAGUUGGUGGAAACACGCAACCGCAAAGGAAUACUCUACCCUUAAGGAUACAACUUAAUCCGAUGCUACAUGGAUGAGACACCGGCGAAUCCGGCAACUAUCGAAAGACAGAUCAUCUCAAGAUGAUAACAAUGGAGGCGAACGGGCAAGGUCAGUUGUUAAUCCUGCAACUACAACCCACAUGAACGGUGCCGCUGCUUCUGAAAAUUUGGGGGGUGGUAGUGCUAAUAGUAACGGUGUAAGUCCAGUUACUCGGAUACAAACACGUCGCCCCCAGACACAAACACCAUCUCCAAUAGAACAAAAAGCUCUACUGGCACCACAAGUCCUGUCGCUUACCAUCCAUAAAGACUCCAAUGGAUAUGGAAUGAAGGUGUCUGGUGAUAAUCCUGUAUUUGUGGAAAGCGUCAAGGCUGGAGGAGCAGCACAAAAGGCUGGUUUGAUUGCGGGUGAUAUGAUAUUAAAAGUCAACGGUGUUGAAGUACGCCUGGAAAAACACACUACAGUGGUCCAAUUAAUCAAAUCUCGUUUGGUUGUUGAGUUGACUGUUCAGCGAAGCAGAGAAAAGAUGCAGCGUCCAAACUCCUUAGGCUCGGCAUCAUCCACGCCGGUUCCGCAACGUGAUAGGAUAACUGGUCCACAGCCAGUAGAUAGUGAAAAACGACGAGAAAUGGAACAUGCGAAAAUUCGAACUUUGCGCUUAAUGUUGGAUCAGGAAAAGAAAAAUUUGGAAAAUCUCGUAGCAAAUAGCAGUUCAGGGAAUCGUCAAGAUCGUUCACGAGCCGAGGCAAAUAUACGAAAAUUACAAGAGCAAUUGAGACAGGUUGGCGGAGAAGACCCACCAAAAAUAUUUCUUAAUUCGCCAACUUCUGGUUCAACUUCAAAUACUGUAACUCCUGUCGUCUAUCCCUUAACAAGUCCGCAGCACCAUCAUUCAAGUCCAGCCUUUCUGUCCCGAUUCCCUCGUUCCUUAUCGUCACUCAGUCUUGGUACUCGUAAAAAAACCGAGAAAGAUAUUCCGUCCCCGUUGAGCAACAUUGUUCAGCAAAGUCCAGAUCAGUUGGCUACACCAUCGUUGCUACAUCACCAUCAUCAACAGACAACGUCACAACAGCAGCAAUCAAUGUUACAUAAUGCUACUCCGUCUAAAAGGAAAUUUAUAGGAAGCGAAAAGAAUCUCAAGGACGAAACACCACCACCGCUCCCCCAGCGUAACCCACCUCGUAAACUGGUGUGUCAACCAGACGAUUUUAACCACCAACAUCAACACGCGGCUGACUGGCGACGUAACAUUCCUAUAUCCGAUUUGGAUAAUUCAGUUAAUGCAGUACACAAUCAAAGUGUAAGUUAUCACCCGAAUUCAAAGACAGGCGCACCUAGCGCCUUGCCAGUAGCGAUUGGAAGCCAAUCGGCUGGCGGAUCGAAACCAUCGUCAACCAAAAAACGACCAAAAACGAAAACAAAAGCUUUAUCGGAUCCAAAGAUGAGCACACAGAUGUUUUUACAAAUGGAAAAAGAGCACGGCAACAGUUUGGAUGAUGCUGCCAGUGUUACGCCCCCACCGUUACCGCCCAGACAACCGGGCAUGAUGGAGGAAUGUCAAAAUUUUGCAAACAAUGCAAAAACAUUGAUGCAAAGCAGUAAUAUGACGGGCAUGGGAAGCGGUCUGCAGGGAUCGACAAAUUCUCUGAGACCUUUGCCGAACAGUAUCGACACUUUAAUGAAUUAUCCUUUGGUCGCGACCUGUACACCGAUUCGUGAUAAUUUAUUAGCAUUUCCGCUCUCUCAACGACCUAAUAUAGUGCAAAAACUGCAGCAUCAUCAACAACAACAAAGUCAACAAUUUCUUAACAAUAACUUUCACCAUAAUUUGCCAUCAGCCCCAACACACUCUUCUGCUUCCGUUAAUAAGUCUAAUGUUCUGGGGCAAACACCACCGCAACAAAUGACGAAUCUCACGAAACAUAGGAGGGUCGUGUCUUCUCCAGAACAUAUUCAAGAUCGUCAUCCUCCAGAUCGGCACAAUAAGUCCUCAUCGGGAUCAUGGGAAUUAUUGGAAAAAGACAAUGAACCAACACCGCCUGGUACUCCCCCACCGCCGUACUUAUCGCCAUCACAAGUUCAGUCACAAAAUCUGCAAGGAGGCGAUGGGACAGACAAUGUGGAUCCCGAUCAAAAGUCUUCUUAUUUGGACAAUCCAAAUCCAUUCAGUGGAAUUGCAACUAACGACAUUAUGGCGGCCCAAGCGAAUGCAAUCCAAAAAGAAAUCAUACUCAUGGAUGACGAUGAAGUAUCCGAUCAAGAAUGUCUUGUUGACGAGGAGGCUCCAUUCAACUACUUGGUGCGCCUUUUAAAACUCGAAAACACAGUAUACCUAGCUGUCUUUUUGAAUUAUCUAUUAUCAAAUUGUGAUCCCGUACCUCUACUAUUCUAUCUCAUCACGGACCUGUACAAAGAGGGAACAGCAAAAGACAUGAGAAAAUGGGCUUAUGAAAUUCAUUCAACAUUUCUUGUACCAAGUGCGCCUUUAUUGUGGUUUAAAGUUGACGAAUCGUUAGCGCGAGAAGUGGACAAUAUCUUGCAAUAUGAAUAUGAUAAAGUUGAGAUUUUAAAGAAAGUUUUCUGGAAAAGUCGGAAAAAAGCCAAAGAAAAAAUUAAUGAACAACUUCGAAUAUUCCAACAGAGACGAAUUGAAGGAAUGGGUACGAUAUAUGGUCCAACCGAUCAACAAUUGGCUGCAGCAAAAGGCGAUAAAGCUAAGGAGCAGAAAAUUUUUGAGGAAACACUUUUGCCAAAAUUGCAGGAUCUAGUUCAUCAAAUCGAACACGAAACACCUCCGAAAGCAGAGAAGCUGGCGUUAAGUUCUGCGCUGUCAACAGUACUCCAUCGCAUUUUCAUAACACGUAGUAAUCCUGGAAGUCCCAUCGAUUCGGUGCAUCACUUUGUAAGUCGCGAGAAAAGUUUCAAAAGUCGAUUAAUGGGCAAAAAUCGUAAGAUGGUUGUUCUCGGUCAUCCCCUAGUUUUACGACAAUACUACGAAGUGACGCAUUGCAACCAUUGCCAAACAAUAAUUUGGGGUGUGAGUCCGCAAGGCUUACAUUGUACUGAUUGUAAACUUAACAUUCAUCGUAACUGUUUGCGUGAUUUGGAAGAAAGUUGUCCUGGACCAGUGCUACAGAAGCGCAAGGAACAGCAUACAGACAAUAAAAUUAGUAAAUUUAUGGAAAAAAUUCGACCAACACAUCAUUUCAUUCAAAAUGAGCGGGCGCGUCGUGUAGAUGAGGAAGCUACGGAUGAGUUGCUCGCAGAUCGACCGCUAUCAGCGUCUGUUGCUAGACAGCCGUCGGAUCGACGACCGGAUUCGAGCGCACAAAUCAGUGGAGGUAGUGCAACAGCAUCAGGUCAAAGUGAAUGGACGUCACAAUCAGUGGAUAGCGAAACAAAUCCGCUUGAUGUUGAGCCGGAAACAUCAAAGAAAGAACGAUCAAAAUCGAAAUCAGCGCCAGUCUCGGUUAAUCGAUCGGAGUCUUAUAAGGAGAGAUUGUCACAGAAACGUAGUCGUAAUAACCGUCGAAAGACAUCAGAUCCUAGCUUAACAAAAACAAACGAUGAACAAGAUCUGGCAUUAUCGAAUCAUGCAGGAAGUUGUUCUAGCUCCAGUCUAUCGUCCACAAGCCUGGAAAGUCCUAGUAUUUCAUUGGAACAAGUGACUGGACCUUCAAUCUCAAAUUCCAUAAAUAUUUCCCAAUUGGCGGCGACGGCUACGUCGGGUGUGACAUCCAGACAAUGGCUGGAGAGCGAAGAAGAGGAACCGGAUCAUUUAGAGACCGACUGGAGUUCAAAUGUUGCUGCAGAAAUUUUGGCCACGUUAUCGGAUAUUGAGAAGAAGCGACAAGAGAUAAUAAAUGAAAUUUAUCAAACAGAGCGGAGUCAUGUGCGAACAUUAAAACUCCUCGAUCGGAUAUUUAUGCGACCAUUGUUAGAAAGCGGGGUGCUACCUCACGAUCACCUUCAGUCACUGUUUCCUCCCGGUUUGCUCUCUUUAAAAGAUAUCCAUAGUGCAUUUGAGUAUAAAUUGAAACAGCGACGUUCGGAACAUGGUCAUGUUGUUCGAACAUUGGGUGAUCUUCUCUCUGAAAUGUUUGAAGGUAGAAUUGGCGAAGAUCUACGUGAGUAUGCGGCACAGGUGUGUGCCCAUCAACAGAUCGCAUUGGAAGCACUGAAAGAAAAACGUCGAAAAGAUGAAAAUCUUCAUCGAUUCUUAGCUAAAGCAGAAUCGCAUAAAUCAUGUAGACGCUUACAAUUGAAGGAUUUACUUCCAACCGUUCUGCAACGUUUAACCAAAUAUCCAUUGCUUUUUGAAAAUUUAGUGAGUAUUACGAAACGUGUUGACCCAGACAAUAGCGCCGAAGUGGAUGCCAUACAAAGAGCUUUAGAUUCAUCGAAAAGAAUUUUAGUUUACGUCAAUCAGGCUGUGAAAGCUGCUGAAGAUGCCCAUAAAUUGCAGACGAUUCAGCGCAAACUAGAUAAGUCGAGCAUUGAUAAAGAUCUAAGCGAGCUUAGGAAUUUAGACUUAACGCAAUACAAGCUGAUAUACGAUGGACAUCUACAAUUGAAGAAAAUUCCUAGCGUGCAAUUGCAUGGCCUACUUUUUGAGAACAUGAUGGUCUUACUGCAAAAAUUGGAUGAUAAGUAUCUACUACGGAGUUUUCCCCAUACUCUUGCAGGAGGCGGUGAAGGUUUUAUAAGUCCAAUUACGCAUUUCGAUCAACAAACUUUAGUGCGACAAUCGGCUGUUGAUAAGAAUACUUUCUUUUUAAUUAUCACUAAGACUUCACAAAUGUUGGAGCUUAAGGCACCAAGCAGUUCGGAGUGUAAAACAUGGUUCAAGCAUAUCUCUGAUGCUGCCGAACAGUAUAAGCCACGAUCAAAAAGCAGUCACGAUGUGGCUGAAGAUCCAGCCAGCGCAACUUUACCUCAUUCCAAUACAAAAGAAUCUCUCGAAAGCGCUACAGAUCGACUACCAACUGAGACACCAACACCAGAUAUUGCAAAUGUCUCACGGCAGGCUGCCGAUCAACAGAGUGCAACGCGAAGCAAUAAUGACAAUGUUACCGACCCGGGAACUGAACCCAACACAAAAGAAAGCCAAAGGGACUCUCAGAAGCUUAGCAAUGACAAAAACAGUGACAAAGAAACCACCACUGCAACCGACAAAAACUCACAAACAGAGCAAGCUAAUAAAAAAUGUGAUAGUAGUAGCACCCUCUAUUCAAAUAAUUCUAACAACACAAGGACGUUGACACAACAUUGCGCUCUGUUAGAACCAAGUGAGAUUCAGAUCAGCAUAAGUCCGGCGCAUACAGCUGAACCAGUACUGACCAAUAGUGAACGUUUGCGACGACUUGACGACAAGAUACGAUCAGAUCUACUGGAGAAGGAGCGUAUCAUCUGUGACAUGUUUCGAGUACCACAUGAGCAUUUUGCAGCGAUUGUUGACAUUGCUAGCCAACCAGAAGCUCCGAAAGAUACUUCGAAUAUCGCAUUGGCCGCCUUUGCCCACGUGCAGACCCUCACCGAACUGGUGAAUCAGUUCAUGAAGAUAACACCCGAACAGGAGAUAUCAGCAGUCUCGACAGCCGUAUGUGAUCGAUGCUACCUGCGUACAGCACGAGGGGCCUCCCCUAUGCCACCAGCUGUAAACGUAGUUGACUCGACAACCGCAAUAACCACCAACUUAGUCUCUCCAACACAAGCUGAAUGUGAUGUUUAUGAUGACAAAAUAAUUCAAGAAGAUGAUGGUUAUUGCCAAAUAGAUGAAUUACGUUUGCCAUCAAUCGGCGCUACCAUGGCGGCAAGUCAACCAAUUCCGGUAGCAAGUAGCAGUGACUCGAGUACAUCAGAUGCUACCCCAACUGUAAGUAGUGUAGAAUCGAAGGAAGUGAAUACGAAUGCACAGCAAAGUGGAGUUGGUUCUGGAAAGGACGCCUCCGAACAAAUGGAAAAAAGCGCUACGAAGAAAAUCGAUGUGGCAUCUGAGGUACCGUCAGAAGGUAUUCAGAAGGAACAGUCGAAGGUAUCAGAUAACUCUUCUGUCAGUGAAGAUAUUUUACAACAUGAUGACCACGACACGACGACUUCAUCCACGAAGUGCCCGAUCGAUAAGAACGACGCAUCACAAAGCGUUAAAUGUCAAUUUGUAACUGGCGUCAAUGAACUUAGUCAAAGCUGUGGACCGAAUCGUUUCUCUCAUGCGCAUUCAUUAGGACCCUCAGUGCCUUGCCAUGUUAUAAGUGGCAUCGUGACCGCCCUGAGCUCUCAAAUAUCAUUAUUAUUGCCUAAAAUAAAUGAACGCGAUAUCGAACGAGAACGAUUACGCCGAGAGAAUCAAAAUCUACGAGAGUUACUCAAUUCAAUGCAUGCGCGCCAGCGAGUUGAAGAAGAAAAGGAAACUCCAGAAAAUAUAAAAAGUGCCGACAAUCCUCCUACCUGAAUGCCAGAGAAUCCAAUUCGCCCGCGGGACGUCGUUAAGAAUUAAUUAAAUACUAACAGGAUAUAAUCACACCAUUCAUUAGCCAAAAAAAAAAUUAUUGUGUCUUUCAUUAUAUACACUUGAACCCACGUAUACACCAAUGCGCAAUGCGAUCUAUUAUCUACGUACUGUUAAGAGCACAGAUUUUUUGAUUUUUCAGCAGCGGAAGUUUGUGUGGUCCUUUUGGCAACAUUGACCUGACCCUAGCUGAAGCGCUUAACAAUUAACUUUGAUAUCAUCGGUCAAUUUUUUUAUCGGAGAAAAGUUCGUUUUGUUUUGAGAGAAAGUACUGAAUAUUACUGAAUUCAUACGGCAAAGUUUUUAAGUAUGAAUGUGGCCUCGAACUGUUUAUUAUGAAAUUUUAUACAAAAGGCAUGUAAAUAAAUAAUGUAAUCUUUUGUAACGGUUCCUUUUAUAUAUCGAACCAAUUAGGAAUGCAAUUAUUGUUUAGGCUUCACUUGUAAAAAAAAAACGCGCGUAUUCGAGAGGAAAGAAACAUUAAAAUGUAGAUAACGCUGAAACAAUAAACUUGAUUUAAGCAUUAAAAUGUUAACAAACACCACGUAUUACACGACAUAGUAAAGAUGAUGUAACAAUUUGAAAUAUUAACUGUGGAACCAAUGAGCCUACGUUCAUAAAGAUUGGUUAGAAUAGAGAAAUGGUAGAAAUCUGUUGAUUAUCACUCCUCCUUUUGCCACACUCAGAUGCAGUUAGAUGAAGCGUAUUGAACUGUGCGGUUGUCCCGCUGUUCGGUGUACGCAAAGGCAGUCUGCCCAAUGCAAAGCUACAAACUCCUCCUCUGCAUACUUGCCACAUGUGCAAGGCCCAAUGGAAGGAGCCAUCUGCAGCUAGUUGGGAGCUUUGUUGCGAGUUCGUUUCUAAUUACCAUCUCCGCUAGGUUGAUAUUUCAUAAUUUAUGAAUACCGAAGUUAUUAAUUUAUUUACUAGGAAGACAUGUAGGACUUAAGAGAAUAAAUUAUACGACAAACAAAUUUUAUUGGAAUCAAAGAUUAUUUUUUUUCUGACAGCAACGUAAAGUAUGAUUUGUUUUUAAUCAAAAGAUGGAAAAGAGAAUAUUUAUACGACGAAUUUUGUUUCUGUUCAAUUUUUUUUUAAUUUUAUUAUUGAAUAAAUGUUUAUAUUAAAUCAAAUCCGUAACGUUACAUUAAGGAGAACAUAUAUUAAAAACGUAAGAAGGGACUACUACGACAUGGACGUGACUAUAGAUUUCUAGCAUCAGAGAAAUGAACAAAAACGAUUAGUUCUUCCCGAGCGAAGAUCUUAUGAAACAAAAUUCAUAUCCGCAAUAUUAUGCAAACAUUCAAAUAAUUUAUAUAAUGAAUAAAAUACUAAAUCAUAAACAGA